AGGCGGGAGCGGAACCGACCCCUCGCCGCGGCUCAGACCUCGCCGGCGCGCGGUUGGUAGGAGGAAAGCACUGAAGCUGUUUUCUCCUUGAUGCCAAGAUACGUCAAGCUAGGAGCACUCUCUUUUCACGCUCCUCCGUCAAGAACAGGCCUGCAGGACGUGGGGACCGAGACUAGCACUUUGCUUCUCCCUGGCCGCUCCCGGCUGCCUGGGAGCAUGGCCCGUGUCGGCAACUGAGCACUGCCCGAGUGGCGGGGAGCACCAGCGUGGGUUACCCCGUUGGCCGCCCUCAGCCACCCUGCUGCUGAAGCUGCCCUGGAGAGACUUGUGGGAGCUGACCCACCCAUGCUCACCCAGGCUGUGGGGCCAGGGGCCUGCCAAGGCUAGGAGUGGGGCCUGCCAUUCAUGGGUCUCUAGGGAUUUCCGAGAUGCCUGGGAAGACAGGCUGGGGCUGGUGGUGGGCCCAGCUGCCUCUUUGCCUGCUCCUUAGCCUUUAUGGCCCCUGGGUGCCUUUCUCCCUGGGGAAGCCCAAGGGCCACCCCCACAUGAAUUCCAUCCGCAUAGAUGGGGACAUCACACUGGGGGGCCUGUUCCCAGUGCACGGCCGGGGCUCAGAGGGCAAGGCCUGCGGAGAACUUAAGAAGGAGAAAGGCAUCCACCGGCUGGAGGCCAUGCUCUUUGCCCUGGAUCGCAUCAACAAUGACCCGGACCUGCUGCCCAACAUCACGCUGGGCGCCCGCAUUCUGGACACCUGCUCGAGGGACACCCAUGCCCUCGAGCAGUCACUGACCUUUGUGCAGGCGCUCAUCGAGAAGGAUGGCACGGAGGUCCGCUGUGGCAGUGGCGGCCCACCCAUCAUCACCAAACCUGAACGUGUGGUGGGUGUCAUCGGUGCCUCGGGGAGCUCAGUCUCCAUCAUGGUGGCCAACAUCCUUCGCCUCUUCAAGAUCCCCCAGAUCAGCUACGCCUCAACAGCCCCUGACCUGAGUGACAACAGCCGCUACGACUUCUUCUCCCGCGUGGUGCCCUCAGACACGUACCAGGCCCAGGCCAUGGUAGACAUCGUCCGCGCCCUCAAGUGGAACUACGUGUCCACACUGGCCUCGGAGGGCAGCUACGGCGAGAGCGGCGUGGAGGCCUUCAUCCAGAAGUCCCGGGAGGAUGAGAUGCUCACCUGGAGGGAGGAUGAUGGUCCCCAGGGCUCACCACCUGGGAAGCCUCAAUUCGUCUUUGAUGUGUUCACCCUGGCCUAUCACAGCGGGGCCGUGAUCCGUUCUGCGUUUGCCUCCAAGCUUGACGGGAGUGACAGGAGGAGGAAGAUGUUAGCCGCCAAGGCCUUGUUGCUCUGA